AUGCUCUUCGUUGACUUCAGUUCAGCCCUCAACACGGUCAUCCCCAACGUAGUGGUGUACAAGCUCCACAACCUAGGCCUAAGCACAGCCGGAUGUGUAUUGAGUCCUCUGCUGUAUGCACUCUUCUCCCAUGACUCUCUACCUGCCCACGCAACAAGCACCAUUGUGAAGUUCGCAGAUGAUACGACAGUCAUUGGUUUGAUUACAAACAAUGGUGAAACGGCAUAUAGGGACGAGAGUCCCUUUCAAUGCCGAAAAGAGGGCAGGACGCCCAAGGCCAGCUGUGUCCAGCCUCUCAGCCUUGACCGUGUGGUCAACGGCAGGAGAAGAGUCUUUCUGCUGGAGGACCCAAACAUGGUGGAGAUCCCCAAGGUGGGCAUUGUAACCUGGCCCCCAGAAAAAGGCAGGGCCACCAGGAUGUUCAUGAGAGGAGUCGCACCACAGUGGCCUAGCCUGCGUGCUAUGGGAAACGCUAUGAACCAGUCCUCCAUCCAGCUGCACCGCAGACGCCGCAGCUCCGGCUCCUUCUCCUCACUGGUCACCAGCCAGGACGUCAGCAGGCCGGGAUGCUGCCAUCCCCCGAGGGCCAUCAGACAGUCCGGCAUCAUCGUGUCCAUGACGUACCUGGGGAAGGGACUGUCCACAGCAUCUCCGGAUGAAAUGGUGAUGAUGCAACAGAUCAGCCAGGGCAAGAACAUCUGCGUUUUUAAGGGCUGCGUGAGGCCAGGAGAACAGUUCCAGUUCAUCUCCAGGAGGCACCAGGGGUUCCCCUUCAGCGUUGCCAUGUAUGUCAAUGGCGUCAUGGCCUUCCAGGUCAGCUCGUGCUGCGAGUUCGGCUACAUACCCGAGUUCCAGCAGGGCAGAGGCAGCUCCUUCCGAGUGUCCGGGAUCAGUGGAGGGCGUCCUUGUCACAGGUGCGGAACCACCCAGGAGGCUAAGAGCCCCACUGAGCUGCCCCAGGAUGGAAGGAAAGUGAACUCCCAGGGCUCCAUGGAGAACAACUCCGACAGAGUGAGAAAACCAGAGCCACUACACAAGCAGAUGCAAAAGUCCCCCAAGGGCACCGGUGCCAUGUCCAGCGACAGCCAGGAGCUCAGCAGCAGUGGCAAAGGGUCAGAGCUGCACAAGCAGAGGGCAAAACGCCACAGACGGGGAAAGAGCGCGAGGAGCUCAGACGCUGGCGAGGAGCGGAUGUCGACUGGAGCGGAGCAACCGGCCCCUGAUCGGUCCUCGCAUCAACUCGGAGAAAAAGCUGAGGCUCCCGCUGUGGAUCUGCGAAGCGCUCAUCAGAAGAAGUCCAGGAGCCCAAAGACGCACUUGGCCAUGCAGAAGGAGAAGGGGGAGAUGGAGAACGGCCAAAAUUGGGUUAGUCUGACUGGCAUCUCCGAUGGACGAAGUGCAGAAAAACAAAGCUGUUUUCAUGCAAGUGUGGAGGAGAGGCAACGUCUCGUAGAGAAGCUGUCCUUCCUGCGUUGCCGUGGGCACGACUCCACUUCCGAGGUGGAGCUCAGUGAAGAGAGCGACAGCGGACUCCAAAACACGACGAACAGAUCGUCCCAGAAGGCCAGGAAGCACUUGACCGAUGAAGACUUUGGUCGCCCUGCCAAUGGUGAGGUGUCUCUCCGUGGCACCGUGGCUCCACUUAGCAGCCUGGAAGAUGGUGUCGGGCUGGAAAGCGACCCUGGUUUGCUGCUGAAGCCUAAAGGUCAUGAGUGGGCAUCCUCAGAUGGGUCACCCCGGAGAAUUAUCAUGGAAGAGGAGCAGGAACAGCUCCAGAAUGUGGUCAGGGAUGCAGAUCAUCCCUCGCAGGAUGUUACAGGUCUUGGCAGGGGUCCCGCUGGAGUCAUGUUGACAGUUGGCCAAGAGGCAACAGAGAAGAACCAAGAUCUUCAAAAGCAGGUGGACGCUGUUGCAGCCAUGUUACAGUCCAGUGACCAAGUGGACCAGCUGGUUCUGAGGAACACAGGCUUGACCCAUGAGCUGCUGGACAUCCUUGCCACUGCACUGAAGAGCAGUCAGUCUGAAGUGAUGCUCAUCAACCUGAACCUGAAUCACAUUGGACCUCCCGGAGUCGAGAUCCUGCUUGACAUCCUGGAGGUCAAGCGUAAGGUUACAGGUCUCCUCCUGUUUGGGAACCAGCUGGGAGACCCUGGAGUCUGCGCUCUGCUGGCUGGCUUGACGAAGCUCAAGGACCGGCACCGAGUGCGGAGCGGGGAUGCCGAGUGUCAGUGUCCUCCGUGGUCCUCAGGUGGGUCCGCCCCUGCUCGUAGACCCUUUUCCCUUGUGGAACUGGACCUGGGAGGCAACGGAGUCAAGGGCGAAGGCCUGAGGGCACUGGCAGCCUACUUGAGGCGAACAUCACACCUGCGGUACCUCGGUCUGGCCCAAACCGCCCAUGCUGACAUGACGGCCUGGGAAGACCUCUUCAGCAGCCUGAGGACCAACGACUCGCUCAUCCACAUCAUCCUAGAUGAGAGCGGUCUGGGCAAUCGCGGGGCUCAGAUGUUUGCCGAAAUGCUUGUAUCUAACCAAGGUCUGAGGAAGGUUGACCUGGACAAUAACAGUAUUGGGGACGAAGGAGGUCUGGCCAUCGCGGAAGCACUGCUCAGCAGAACAAAUUGGCCCCUGGAGCAUCUGAGUCUGGAAGGGAAUGGCAUCAGCUCAGCUAUCUUGGCCUCAGUUGAGCAGAAAAUCAAAACCCACCCGACCCACAAUUCCACAGAGAACCAAAACUCACCUGACAGUCAUUCUUAAAUAAAAAGCGGAACACAUCUGUCUGGCACUUUAGGAAGCAUCAUCAUCAUUAUUAUU